UAAACCCAGGCCAUUUAGGGCCUCAAAUGCAAAGGGAUUGACAUUAUGUGGGUCUAACUAAUUAAGCCGGUGAAAUAGUACCCGAACAAUUUCACGUUGAUUCAACCUCUCUACCAGGAAAUCGGAGAACAUGUACUCUUCCCAGGGUGACAUUUGUAAUUGAAUGCAUCCCUCAGCCGUUCUUUUCUGGAGGUAGAGACGCCGGAAGACCACGAGCCAUGGGCUUGCGCUCCGGCAGCGCUUGCCAGCUCGCGCACUUCCUGGUCUCGAAACCAUGCGCCGUUCGCUCCCUGAUCGUCUCGCAGACGAAGAUGGUCACGGCGUACGGGAAGAACGGGGACGUGCAGAAGGCCAUAGAGCUCUUCGAACAAAUGCCCCACAGAAACCAGGUCUCCUACAACGCGAUGCUCUCCGUCCUCCUCGACUCGGGCCGCUUAGGUUCCGCCUUGCAGUUGUUCGAGGAAAUGCCUCGGAAGAAUGCGUGGUCCUACACGUCGAUGAUCGCUGGACUCUCGAGGUCAGGACACGUUAGGGAAGCGCGGCAGCUGUUUGAUUCCAUUCCGCCGAGUGAUCGGAACGUGUUCUCGUGGACAGCCAUGAUAUCUUGCUACGCGCAGAACAAUGAGCCCCACCGAGCUGUGAGCCUCUUCUCGGGUCUCUACAGGGAACUCUUCGAGUCGAAAGUGAUACCCAACUCUUAUACUUUGAGUGUUGUGCUCAAGUCUUGUGGUUGCAUACGAUCUCUUGUGGCCGUAAGGCAGAUCCACUCUUUGUCACUGAAGCUGUUGGAUGAGGCAGGAGAAGGAUCUGUCUUUGCUCAGAAUGCUCUAAUCGAUGUGUAUGCCAAAUUGGAUUGCUUACAUGACGCAGAACAUGUCUUCAAUAGGAUGAAGUGGAAGGAUUUAGCUUCAAGGAAUAUUAUGAUGGAUGCCUAUGCCCAUAACUUGUUACUGGACCAAGCUUUCAAGAUUUUCAACUCCAUGAACGAAAGGGAUACACUUUCAUGGAACAUUAUGAUGUCGGGAUUGCUGGAAGGCCGUCGUGGAUUAGAAGCUCUGAGGUUAUUCCUCUCCUUGUUAAGAUUAGGCCAUGACACAAAGCCCAACUUGUCGACCUACACGAUCAUCUUAACUGCUUGUGCUACUCAUACCAUGCUUGAAUUCGGAAGGCAGAUACAUGGUCACACUGUGAAGAAUAGUCUAUAUCCAAACAACAUAUUUGUUUCAAACUCCUUGGUCACAAUGUAUGCCAACUGUGGAUUGAUGGAAGACUCGUUGCAAGUGUUCAAGGAGAUGCCAAAGAAAGAUGUGAUCUCAUGGAACUCUGUGAUACAUGGUCUUGGGAAAAAUGGGCAUGCUCAAAAAGCUUUGGAGAUUGCAGAAAAGGCACUGGCUUCAAACAACUUUAAUGGCAACACAUUUUCGGCUAUACUUACUAGUUGCAGCCAUGGUGGCUUAGUUGUCGACGGUUUGGAUUAUUUCAACUCAAUGAGUAGAAAAUACGGCAUAGAACCAACUUUAGAUCACUACAUUUGUGCGGUAGAUAUGCUUGGGAGAACUGGCAUGCUUAAGGAAGCUCGUGACCUGUUGCGAAGCAUGCCCUUUGCAGCAAAUUCUGUCGCAUGGUCUACUCUUCUUAAUGCAUGUUCGAUACAUGGGAGCUUAAACAUAGGCAGAGUCGCAGCACAAGAGCUGCAGAUGCUGGAGACUGAUAACACAAAGAGCUAUUUAGGACUCGCAAACAUCUAUUGCAGAACAGAAACUGGAAGGGAAUCAAGGGAACUUCUUAAUUUACUAAGAGAGAAAGGUAUAGUAAAGGAACUUGGGUCCAGUUGGGUUGUUGAAAUAUAGGAUCUCAAGCAAAACCUAGUAUUGUCCCACGUGGUGGUGAAUGAUGAUCCAAUUCUUUGGAAAAAAGAUACAACAAAAGACUUGCUUUGAUGUGAAGGAUUCAAGAGAAAUAGAACUCCUCUAUUAGAAAGAAGAAUGUGAGUGUCCUCAUUUCAAUUAAUUUCAGAACAGUCAGUUGGACAUGAUGUGAAACAACCAUGGAGUUUAGAGACAUAAUGUCUGCAUCUUUCUGGUAAAACAAAUUGUUGUAUAUGGAGCAUUAUGGAAUGCUGUGGGGGAACCGAUGCAGCAACGCAUGCAGGUGAUGACGAGACACAGUAGAGUGCAUGAACCAGAGCAUUGAGGAGCUCCGUCAACCGUAAUCAGAAGAAGAGCUUUCCAUUGGUGAUUGCUCGAGCUGAGAUGAGGUCGUUGCCCAUGGUCUGAUGAUUCCCAUCCCAGUGAUCCGACUGAGCUGCUGCUGGCUGCCACCAAUAAGCUUCUAGAACAAUCGGUGCUCACCGUGGAAGGAAGACAGGAACUAUUGCUUGUUUCAUGACCAAAUCAAAUAUCACUAGGCCACAAGAAAAUACAGUGUACGAUUUGGCUUUUCUUUUUUGUUAUUGCUCUUUUUUUCCCCAACAAUGUUUAAAUCAUGAUAAAUCUUCUUGAUUUCACCAAAAAAGGUACUGUAUUGUAUUAUUUAUGCUACUCACUCAGAUUAAUAAACGAGAUCAGAAAUUA